AUGUUUUUAGUUGUGGUCUGGAACUGUACCCUACAGCAGUGUGAUAAAAAGAUAUUACCAUUGUAUAAUGCUAAGACUAUUUUUACCAGAGGUCAGAUUGGCAAAGUGAAAUUAAAUCUGAAGGAUGCAAUUUGUAUAGCAAGUAGUGCAACUCUGCCAACAGCUGGAGGCGUUGGGAAGAGUGCACUUACUAUUCAACUUAUUCAAAAUCACUUUGUCGAUGAAUAUGAUCCAACCAUAGAAGAUUCAUACCGUAAACAGGUCGUCAUUGAUGGGGAGACGUGUCUACUGGAUAUUCUCGACACAGCCGGGCAAGAAGAAUACAGUGCAAUGCGAGACCAGUAUAUGCGAACUGGGGAAGGGUUCCUACUUGUUUUUGCUGUCAACAAUGCAAAGUCUUUUGAGGAUAUAAGUGCAUAUCGGGAACAGAUAAAACGAGUAAAGGACGCAGAUGUGGUACCUAUGGUUUUGGUGGGCAACAAAUGCGACUUGCAGGUGCGUGCAAUGGACAUGCAGCAGGCACGAGAAGUGGCCAAGAAUUAUGACAUUCCUUUCAUUGAGACCUCUGCCAAGACCCGCAUGGGUGUCGACGAUGCCUUCUACACUUUAGUAAGAGAGAUCAGGAAAGAUAGGGAACGUCGUGGGAAGGUUAGGAUUGGAAGUAGGAACAGCAAGAGGAAGUGCAUUGUGUUCUAGGAGGACUGUGUGUUGUGUAGACUAAAUAAGCCUAAUGGCAUUAAACCUAUUUGUUUCCAUAACUGUCAUGAAAGUUAACUUCAUGCCAGUGCCAUUUGACAACUAAAUUCUGCCACUUUU